AUGUCCAAUAUUUGGCGCGAGUCCAUGUUCAUCAACUACGGGGCUGAUGCUGUGCUGCGAUGCUCUCAUACAGGCCCAUAUCCUGUAGCCAAGCUUGCCCACCUGGGAGAGGAAUUCCGUUCUCGAGUGCAGCAUGAGUUCAAGAUCAUACAGGACAUGACUUCGAUUGCUCGGUCACUACCAAUACCAAAGGUGGACGGUCGCCCACUGCUCGACGACCAGGGCAUGUUUGGUUAUUGUCUAGAAUACCUGUUCUGCCUCGAGGCAAACGAGCUUCUACAACGUCUGCCUGAGGUCAGGGAAGCCGUGAAUCAGUUGCACGAAGCCGGUUUCUCUCGUGGUGACCUGAGUCAGAGCAACGUGAUGAAGAACAAACAUGGAGCCAUAGUACUCAUCGACUUCGGGUAUGCCGGAAAGAUUGGUACCCAGACUCCGCCGUCGGUGCCCAAAUGGAUCUACGAAAAUGCGGUGUUUACUGCGGAAGCAGAUCAACGGGCACUAGAACGACUCUCAGAAUUGAGCGGAUGA